AUGAAUCUAGAAAAAUUCAAAAUCGACAAACAUCGGACACUUAAUCUUCACCCAUUAUCUUCAAAAAAUCCACUCGAUAUUUCACUGUCAACAUUCGGAUUCCCAAUGGAAUUGAAGAAUUUGAAAGAAUCUUCAGUUUUAUAUUCGCAAUACAACCCAAAAGAUGAUGAUAUUUGGAUAUUUAUUGAUUUGGAAUCCGAAGAACGAGCGGGAUAUGCAAAUUCUUACGGAAAAAAUUCGGUUUUGAUUAAAAAAAUAUCAAUGAAUCAAAUGGGACCGUUUUCUUCCAGAUUAUUAAGAUUGGCCUCUCAAUACCCCGUGUUUGUUGUUUAUCGGUUAUUUUUAAUCUAUGAAAAUGCAUCUUUCAGACAAUUCAAGAUUGCUGGCAUCAAAUUGUUAUGGAUUUUAUCAGAAAACAAUCGAUUUCUAAUCGAAAUUCAAGUUGAUAAUGAAAGUUUGCUGAACUCUUUUGAAGACGAAAAAAUAAUUGAAUUGAGUCAAUAUAUAGUUGGAAGAAUCAUCAAUUCAUUUUUCAACAGUCUUCGUUUAUGGAAUUCUUCAUCACUUGAAUUUUGGCCAAAUAAUCCAAUAUAUAACUCAAAAGAAGGCUCCGAUUUUUUCGCGUUCUUCAAUUCUCUCGAAAAAACCACAGAAGAUUGGCAACCUGAAGCUGGGAAUGAAUAUCAAGUUCGAGAUGAUUUAUUGAACAGUCAACUUAUGGAUUAUCAAAAAACCACUGUGAAAUGGAUGAUUUCUCGAGAAAUUGAUGGAAAAAAUGCAGAUUUUUGCGGCUUAUUUCAAAGUCUUCCUAUUCAAUCGAUUUUCUAUUAUCCAGCUUUGGGUGUAUUUUCUAGAAAACCAGAUUUAAGCAUUGAAUCAAUUCCAAAUGGUGGAAUUUUGGCAGAUGAAAUGGGUUUGGGAAAAACAGUCGAAAUGUUAGCCUUAAUUGUUUCAAAUCGUAAAGAAGUUAAAGGAAAUAUAAAGAGAAAUGAUGACAAAAAAGAAGAACAAUUAGACUGGAAACAAUAUGUGAGCUGCACUUUUUUAUUAGAUUUUUAGUAGCUGUGCUUAAUUUCUACCUAUCUUAUCUCUGAGUAUGAAAGGCGAAGUUGGGAAAUUUGUUGAGUUAUUAUUAGAUUUUAAAUAUUAAAAUUUAAAAAAAAACGUUGCGUGUUGGCCUCAUUAUUUUUUAGAUAUUCGAAUGAUCAAAUUCUCAUUUUUGAAAACUUAACUCAUCAAGACUGGUGACAUACUGAAAAUGUGACUCGAUCCUAUUUUAAUCAAAUUCUAGAGCUUCAAAUUUUGCCACGCCGUGAACCAUGUUCAGGGUUGAGAUAAUCGGAAUUCAGAUGAAUUAUCAUAUUUUUUUUCAGAAACAACAAAAAUCUAAAAAGAUUGAUAUAUUUCCUGUCGUUUAUACAGCAGAACGUAAUCCAACAAAUGCACAAAAGCUGGAUAUUUUGCGAAAAUGUUCAAAGUGUCAAGAAAAUUGUGUUUUGAAAAAAUGUGGCUGGAAAGAAGAUUUUGAUGCUGAAAAGAUCGCGUUCUUGUGUCCUCAAUGUAUGGCAAAAGAAGAUCCAUUGGAAGUUGGAACAACUUUGAUUAUUAUGCCAGAAACAUUGAGUAUGCAAUGGUAUAAAGAAAUUGUUAAGCAUUGUAAUGAAAAUUUGAAAGUUAUGGUAAAUCAAUAAUAAUACCUGAUAUUAAAUCAAUUAUUGUUUUUUUUCAGUUCUAUUUUGGCAUGAGUAAUACCGGUUAUUUGAAUCCACACAACAUCGCCAAAUACGAUUUGAUUUUUGUUACCUAUCAAACUUUGGUGGGCGAACUUGUUUUCACCAAUUUCAAAAAUAAGGAUAAAUUUGGAACCCGAAAAUAUUCACCAAGUUCUUUGAAUCAUGUGAAAUGGUGGAGAGUGAGUUCUGGGGAAAGAUGGUAUCAUGCUAAGAUUUGUGAUAGUUUUGAAAUUUUUUGCUAGAAAUGAUUCUAGAAUAUUUUCUCAACGCUCGUAAAUUUCUAUGCUCUUCAUCAAAAUAUUGGCCUAUUUUCCCUACCCCAAUUCAAAUUUUCCACUUGCAGUUAAUUACGGAUGAAUCUCAAUUAGUGGAACUCGGUGUAUCAAAACCGGCUCAAAUGUGUCAAAUCAUCAAAGCUAAAUAUCGAUGGGCCAUGUCUGGAACACCUCUUCUUAAAAACAUUGGUACACUUGGCGGACUUUUUGAAUAUGUCGACUUUUGGCCAUUGUCUAAUGAACAUUUUUGGAACAAUUUUGUGAUUCCAGGUUUGCAAAAUUUUGAGUGUAAAUUCCUUAAAAAUCUCAAAUUUUUAUCAGAUUUCAUUGAUAAAGCUAGAAAAAAUCAAGCAGAUCAAAGUUGGUUAAUCAAAUUGGGAUCACAAGUUAUGCGAAGAAAUUCGAAAUCAAUGGUCGAGGCUCAAAUCAAAUUACCGGAAUUAGUAGAAAUUGAUAAAAUCGUUAAAUUUUCAACGAUUGAAGAGAGACAAUAUAAAAAUGAUAGGGAUGAAUUGAAAAGUUCUAUUGAAAACGUGGUGAACACUAUGGGAAAUGAGAUUUUGGUGAGAAAUAUGAUUGGAAGAGAGAGGAUUUUGCAAGCUUUGAUUGUUUUGAAGGAGACUCUCAUUUCUUGUAAGUUUUAUUGUUUUGAAAAAAUACAUUAAAAAUUAUAAACAAAAAUCUGAUAACAACGUUGGAUUUCUAUGCGAUUUUUUUGCAAAAUUUUUAUUUUUUCCAGGCGGCGAACAUCUCCAAGAACCUCAUAAACGAAAAAACAACGAAAUCGUCAUUUCUGAACCGAUAAACAUUCUUUUUCGCAUGAUUUGCAAGAAAAAACGGGAAAUUCAUGAGAUUUUACGGCUAAUUGUCAAAUGUUCCAACAUUGAUUCGGACGUUUAUUGGUUGGAAAAUAAUUUCGAUGGAGUUGCGAGAGGAUAUGAAGAAGUUUUGAGAAUGAUUGAAACGAUACAAGAUUUGAAUACUAAUAUUGGAAGAUUGGUCAAAAUUGAGAAUGUGAAAAAGGAAGAGGAAAUUGAGGAGAAUGGUGAGAAAUUUGCGAUUUUUUGAGACUAAAUAUGACUGGUUUACUGUAACCGUCAAAAUAUAUAAUAUUCAAAAAAUCAUCUAUUUUUCCCUACUUUUUCAGACGAAACCCCGGCAAAAAGGCGAAAACUUGACCCGAAAGAUGAAUUUGACGAAGACGAUGAAGAUUUUAAUGAAGAAAAUCUAGUAGAAGAUGGAGCUGAAGAAGAAAAUGGGAAUGAUGAAAAAUCGAUAGCUAAAUUGAGGCAAAAAACGCUCGAAACUGUGAAAAUUGAAACGACUUCGAUGAUUCAUACUAUGGUGUAGGUUUUUUGGUGAUCAAUUAGUCGCAAAUUUCAGAUUUGAGUCAAAACGUGGGAAAAAACAUACAUUUAAAAUUCUCUUUUUUUCAGAAAUCUCAAACAAUUGGCUGAAUUUUUUCCGAAAGCAAGCAAAAUUAUUGAAAAUUUUGGCGGAAUUUCUAGAAUUCAAGAAGAAUUAGAUUCGUCAAUUCUAUCAUAUGUGAAAGAAGAUUUGACAAGAUUUGAGAAAAUGCGCUCAAAUGUGAAUCGAAGUUAUGAAAAAGAGCAAAAAAUUUGCGAAAAUAUGUUUGGUAGUUUGGCACGAUUUUAUGAGAAUCAAGAGAUUGGCGAUGAUUUUUUCGUCAAAUCAUUGGAUUUGGAAAAAGUUGAAGAGCUUUCUGAGAAUUUGGCAUUUUGGCCGAUUUUUCAGGAUUCGAAGAAACAUUUAACAGAUGGAGCUGUGAAAUUAGAGUAAGUCGGAAGUUUGCACUGUUUUGAUCACACCUCGGCCAAAAUCGUGGUUUCCGAAAUAAAAAAUUGUACGCUAACUUUUUACAGUACAAAAAUUGUGGAUUUUUCAGUUUUUGUCCUCUAAAAACUGAAAUUCAGAUUUUUUCAAAAAUUGUACUCUGGCCAGCCACGGAUUGGCCGAGGUGUGGUUUUGAUGUAAUAAUUUAUUUGUCAAAAAUGAUUUCUCGAUUUUCAGCGAACCAAUAAGAAAGGAAAAGACGAACAAUUAUCACAAUGAAAAAGAAUGUAUGGGAAUAUGCAAUAAUUUGUCAUUUUCUGAAUUAUAUCCAAAUUAUAAAUUGGCAACAAAUUCCGAAGUCUACAAAAAUUUAUCGAUUUAUUUGAUAACUAUUGUGGAUAUGAGUCAGGAAUUGAAAGAAGAUUUUGGAUUAUUGAUUGAUUAUUUAAAAGAUCUUUCAAAUUAUGAAAAAAUCAAUAAUGCUUUACUCGCUAUGUCUCAUUGUCAACAUCCAAUUCUUAAUAAAAUUAAUAUUGAUGAAAAUGAAAGGAAAAUGGAAAAAGACAAAUUGAAAUGUAAAAUUUGUCGAGUUUAUCAUAGUUUGAUACAUUUUCGAUAUUUGAUUGGAUUGGGAAGUUUUCAUGGAAUUCCGAAAAAUGAGAAUGCUCGAAAAAAAUUGGAGAUCACAAAGCUUGUUGAGAUGAUUUUGGAAAAGGAGCCGAGAAGAAAGUUUGUGAAAUUGGACGAAUUCGGGUAAGACAAUUCGAAUUUUAGUGGAAAUUUUCAGAAUUCUCUUGAAAUUUUGAGCUCGAAAGAUGUGACAAAAAACAUAGUUCACUACGGGGAUCGAACCCGUUAUCUCCAGAGAACCACACUUCUUCUAGAAAAUAUCUGAAAUUUCACAAGGAAUCUGAAAAUCCUCUAGUUUCCGCUAAAUUUCUGAUUUUUUCAGAAGUUUCCAUAAAUAUAUAAUCGGACUACAUAAAAUGACGAAAUUCAUUCAAAUUUAUUGCACGAAAUUAGCUGCAUAUGAGAAGAAAUUGAGAAUGUUAAAGAUUGCCAAAUAUCGAAGAUCAAUGAAUACAAUGAGACGAAAUUAUGAUUCAAUGAAAAAAAAAGAUGAAACAGAUGAGGAAUUUGAUCGGAAAAUUCUAGAGGUUAGACAUUUUUUCCGAUUUUGAGAUCGAAAAUUAAUUAUUAUUUUAUCAAAAAUUCAAAUUUCCAAACAAAAUAUCGAUUAUUUCCAGAUUUCACAUAAUCGAAAUAUUCGAACUGUUCAAACACAUGUGCCAGUAAUGAAGCAAAAAUGUAUUGAAUUUCGAUAUUUGGUCACACUUUGUGAAGAACUAAAUGGGUAAGUUUCUUUUCAAACUUGUUAACAAAAAAAUACAAUUUUUCUCCCAGAGAAAAUGACAAAGAUUCGAAUUGUUGUCCAGUUUGUUGGCAAGAUUUCGAGAUUUUGGCUAUUUUACCGUGCGCUCAUCGAAUUUGUGAGGAUUGUUAUUUUCAAUUCAAAGAUAGGAGGUGAAUUUUGAAUUUUUGUGAAAUUUCAGCCUGGAACAGAUUUCUGAAAUAUGUUUAUCACUUUUCAAAUAUUCGCUUUUUAUCCAAUUCUGAACUAUUUCCAGCCCCUUCUCAAUUACAUGUGUAACAUGUCGAAGAACCUUUCAACACAUCGAAAUCCUGAUGGCCUGUCAACCAAAAAAUCACGAAAAUAAUGUGAUCAGUGGAGUAAUUCUGGCUGUUAAAUUGGAGGAAACUAUCAAACUCAUUCGUCAAAUUCUUCGUGAAAAUGAGGAGAAUAAGAUUGUGUUGUUCACAAAUUUCGAUAUCAACCGACCGAUUUGGAAAUUUUUAACUAGUGUUUUGCACAGGGCAAAGGUACAUUUUAUUUCAAAUAUUUUCGAAUUAUCUUCAAUAUAUGAUUCUGAAAAUUGGAAGGAGGAACUAACAGAAAUUAAAGAUUUUAUUUGUUUGAUGGUUCCUUAUAUUUUUGGAAGUAGUUAAAUUUAAGAAACAAUUUAAAAAUUCUUUGCAGGUUCCGUUCAUUGAGGUGAAUACUGUGAACUACGGAAAAAAUAUGUCGGAAUUCGAGAACUCGAAAAAUUGUCGAGUUUUGUUGUGCUCUUUGUCAAGAUGUGCAAAUGGACUGAAUUUGACUCAUGCAAAUCACAUCAUUUUCUUGGAUCCAACACAUUUAUCAUCAGUUAUUCAACAAGCAAUUGGUCGAAUUGCCAGAAUUGGACAGAAAAAUACGAUGAAAGUAUAUCACAUGAUUGUAGAGACAAGUAUUGAUGAGGAGAUCCGAAAAAUCGCCAGAACUGGAAUGAAUGUAAAUGGUCAGGCUAUUGAGAGUGAGUUUUUUGAAUUCAAUUGGACUUUUUGGGCUGGAAGAGUGUAUUAGGGGAAUAUUUUUUGAGUGAAAAAUGUUUUUUACAGAAACUGAUUUGACUGUUGGUCAACUUCGACAAAUUUUUGGCAUUCCUCAAAUCUAA